CCCUCGGUGCGGCCGCCACACGCCGCCGGAGUCCGGACCAGGCGCCAGUCCCGUCGCGGUCGUGCCCCUCGCCGCGGCCGCCCAGCCCGGAGCCGGCGGGAGGAGCCCCGUGCUCGCCAUGUCGGUCGCGCUCAGCAACAGGUUCCAAGGAGGGAAGGCGUUCGGCUUGCUCAAAGCCCGGCAGGAGAGGAGGCUGGCCGAGAUCAACCGGGAGUUUCUGUGUGACCAGAAGUACAGCGAUGAAGAGAACCUGCCGGAAAAGCUCGCAGCCUUCAAAGAGAAGUACAUGGAGUUUGACCUGAACAAUGAGGGUGAGAUUGACCUGAUGUCUUUAAAGAGGAUGAUGGAGAAGCUCGGGGUCCCCAAGACCCACCUGGAGAUGAAAAAGAUGAUCUCGGAGGUGACGGGUGGGGUCAGCGACACCAUCUCCUACCGUGACUUUGUGAACAUGAUGUUGGGGAAGAGGUCGGCUGUGCUCAAGCUAGUCAUGAUGUUUGAAGGAAAAGCCAACGAGAGCAGCCCCAAGCCAGCUGGUCCCCCUCCAGAGAGAGACAUUGCCAGCCUGCCCUGAGGACCCCCGUCCGGACCUGCCCCCGUCCCCCCCCCCCGCCCCCGAUCUUGCCGCCCUUCUUGACUCAUUGUGAUUUGUCUUCUUUGUUUUGCGUGGUCGUUGUGCGUCUGUUUAUUUUUUAAUCAGCAGAACCGGUGAUCCCUUUGCAAAGCACAACUUAUCUGCCUUAAAGGGGCUCUGGGUCGGGGAGUUCUGAGCCUUCGUGCCCUCUCUGUUCUUCCCUCCUUCCCCGUUCCCUGUGCAGAAGGGCUGACGUCAAACCAUAACGUGGAGGGGGCAGGGCCAGGGCGGGAAGGCUGUGGUCCUUAUGUUUGGAGUUGGCGUAGCCCAUCCUUCCAGGGUCUUGGAGCUAAGUCCAGGCUUGCUGGCCUGACCCUGGUGAGGACCACAGCCCACUCUCAGAAGACCCUAGAGUAGGAACAAGGGUUUCUUCAGACAGCUCCGUGGCUCUGAGCUCUUAAGUUGUCUAGGGCGUGGCCACUCAGUGUCCCAUCUCCCCAGCUGAUCCAUCACCGCCUUAGUCCACACUCCUCCUCAGGAAGGUGACAGAAGGGAGAGCAGGAGAGAGGGGCUUGGCAAUCUGAGCCCUUCCAGAAGGUUCCAGAAGGAAUCCUCAGGCCUUGCCUGCAGCCCUGCCUUUACAGGCAGCUCAGAAGGAAAGUGCAGUCUUUGCUUGUCCUUCUCCUUUGCUGGGGCAGCAGAGGGCUUUGGGGGUAGAAGGGAGGCGAGGGGCCUCAGGAGGGGUGUCAGUUCAGUCUGAUGUCACUUUUUGGGGAGGAUGCUGAGAGCAGCAGGAUGGGAAAAGGAGGAAUAGAGUGUGCAUGGCGAAAAGUCAGCCCCACUAGAAAGCCAAGAGCUGAGAAAUUGAAGGUUGCCUUUCUGAUCCCAAUCUGCUUGAAACCUGACUGUGUUCUCCUUACCGCCUUACCCACACCAUUCAUUCAUUCAUUCACUCAUUCAUUCAUGCCCUCACGUAGUCAUUCAACAGAUAUUUAUUGACCACCUAUUAUAAGCUUUAAGCCUCCCCACUUUGUCCUGACACAUGCCUGUCUUCUAAUCCACUUCACCAUCCCAAAACCUUGAGCUUGGGGAUUGGAUCGGGGUCCCUUAUGAUGGACACCCAGGGUUUUAGAGCCCUGAUCCGCUCUGUAGGUUAGCCGGAGCAGACCUCUCAUUUCACAGGCGAGAAAACUGUGGUGCUCACAGGGAUUAAGUGCCUUGCCAAGGGGUUGACCGGGAGACGGAAGUCUGGACUGGAACUCAGGUGUUCAGAGGCUGUGCCCAAUGCCUCAUCUCUGCUAUGGGCUGUCUCACUCAGUGGGGCAAACAAGAGAAGGUGCAGGGAGGGGAAAUCUAGGUCAACAAUUGAGGAAGGACCUGGGCCAGGACUCACCCUCUCCAGUGCCUCCAGGUCAACAGCAGGGUUUGGGUGAGCGCCAGGCCACUCUGCAGUUCUGCCUUCCCUAGAGCUACUCUGCCAAGCCAUUUCUCAGAACUCAUGCAGGGAAGUGUCACACUCAGCCCCAUCUUGGCUGAGCAGGGACCCCAGCCUCGACCCGAUCUGUUCUGGAGUCCCUUAUACCACCCACGCAGGACUUAGAUGGGUCCAUCCAUUGAACAUCUCUAUUAAACACCUGCUAUGGGCCAAGAGCUAAGAAACCAGAUGUGAAAUGGACAGACUCCUAGAAUGGACACCUCCCCAGACAACGACCAGUGAGGUGAAUGUGAAGAAAGAGGGGACUAUUCAGGGACUACACUGCAAUCCUGGGCCCAAGACUGAACGAGGGUCUUGGAGAAGUCCCCACCAAUCCUUAAGUGGAAAUGUCUGGGUGCUGUUGGAGGUGGGAGCCAAUGUGGGCUCCCUGCAGCUCCUUAGUGAUCCACAGUCAGGGCCCAAGGAGCUGCCCUUGAGCAGCCUGGGGUGGGGGGGAGCAGGUAGGGGAUGGGGAAAUGCCCGGUUGGGUUAAUCCACUGGUCUCAACCAGUUCAGGAGCAAGAUUAUUUGGCCAUGACUGGCUGAUCUUCAGCCUAAGGAGCUGCCUCAAAUGCACAAGCCUAGUUGAAGUUUAAACCCCAGCAAAACAGUUCUCUCUGCAAAUGUAAAAUCUCACUCACCAACACCUCCUCUGCCCUCCCACCCCCACCCCCACCCCAGAGAUCACUGGAUGAACCACUGCCUGUCCCCAACCCUCCCCACUGGCCUCUCUUCUCUGGGACAGGCUGAGACCUUUGAGCAAGAUAAUACCCAUUAUAGUCUGUGUAACUGUUCUUGGCUAAAGAGAGGAGAGCAGAAGUAAUCAGGCUUACUAUUUAGUAGGUUCCACAGUUUACUCGCCUUUAAGGGAGGGAAGCGAGUAGGUGUGUCCCCAGCUUCUGGAAAGGGCAGGAAAGAAAGUUCUCUCAUUGGGUGGGGAGCAUCCUGGGAAACACCACCAGUUCCAACAAAGUGUUCAAAAGUGGUCCCUGGACAGGGGGUGUGUGUUUGUAUUUCAGAUUGUGGCUAUUGGCUCUAGAACUUACUUUUCUGGCUAAGAGCUCAGCUUCUUAGAACUUCAGCUGUCUUUUUUCUGAAAGACCAAAUCUAACUAAUGCAACCAGCAACUUGGGGACUGCCAGGUGUGGCUUUGUCCCUGUGACUCAAAAGGAGGAGAUUGCCGGGCAAGUUCAGGUGGAUGGUGUGUGCGUGUGUGCGUGUGUGCGUGUACGCAUGUAAGUGUGUGUGGUGCUGGAUGUCAUCUCCACGGACUAGAAAUAAAACAGAUAAACUUA